AUCUAUUUUUAUCCCAACAAGAAAUCCCAGAAAGAACAUAGAAGACGUCAUGUUAUCUGUGAGUGAUAAAGGAGAAGAUGGAGAGAUCAUGGAGUGCUCCUCAGGACAAGAUGGAGAGAUCAUGGAGCGCUCCUCAGGACAAGAUGGAGAGAUCAUGGAGCGCUCCUCAGGAGAAGAUGGAGAGAUCAUGGAGCGCUCCUCAGGAGAAGAUGGAGAGAUCAUGGAGCGCUCCUCAGGAGAAGACCUCCUUACCCCUAAUGUCCAUCCAGAUCUAUCCUAUAAUAAUCCACCUGAUCAUGAGGAACCUUCUCCUGACCAACCACACAUUAUUACACACAGAAAGAUGGUGUAUGUGUGUUCAGAAUGUGGACAAUGCUGUUUAAGACAAUCACAUCUUACUAUACAUGAGAGAAUUCAUACAGGAGAGAAGCCAUAUUUAUGUUCAGAAUGUGGGAAAUGUUUCAUACGUAAAUCAGAUCUUGUUAUACAUGAUAGAAUUCACACACCAGAGAAGCCGUAUUCAUGCUCUGAAUGUGGGAAAUGCUUUAAACAUAAAUCACUUCUUGUGUUACAUGAGAGGAUUCACACAGGAGAGAAACCGUAUUCAUGUUCAGAAUGUGAAAAAUGUUUUACAUGUAAAUCGCAUCUUGUUAGACAUGAGAGAACUCACACAGGAGAGAAGCCAUAUUCCUGUUCAGAAUGUGGGAGAUGCUUCAAACGUAAAUCAAUUCUUGUUAUACAUGAAAGAACUCACACAGGAGAGAAGCCGUAUUCAUGUUCAGAAUGUGGGAAAUGUUUUACAAGUAAAACCCUUCUUGUCAUACAUGAGAAAAUCCACACAGGAGAGAAACCGUUUUCAUGCUCAGAAUGUGGCAAGUGUUAUGCAAAGAAAUCACAUCUUGUUGUACACGAGAGAAGUCACACAGGAGAGAAGCCGUAUUCAUGUGAAGAAUGUGGGAAAUGUUUUACAAGUAAAUCAAAUCUUGUUAAACAUGAGAAAAUUCACACAGGAAAGAAGCUGUUUUCUUAUAGAGAAGGAGUUUUUAUCAAUAAAUCACAACUUUCUGGACAUGAGAGAAAUCACACGGGAAACUGAUAAUAAAUAAUAUAAUAUAAUAUGGAGAAUGGAAAUAUGAGAUCUCAGGUAACGUAGCAAAAUUCAAUGUUUCAGUUUUGAUGAUUAAUUAACAAUAGAAUAAACUUCAUAAUGAAACAUAAACAAGAACUAUCAUUAAUAAAGAUAUUACACAGAUCCCUGAGGUCCCCACUGAUAAGACCUCGCUCUGACUAUUCUCCAUUGUUGUCUGUCCCUCAGUCCCUGACUAAUCCAUUCUACAAUAUGGGAUCCGAGCUCAAUGACUGCAGAUUAUUGAUAAUUAUUUUAUUUGGACAGUGUCAAAAUUCUUACUAAAAUCUAGAUAAACGAUAUCUACUGCACCUCCACCAUCUAUUAUUUUAGUCACUCUAAAAUCUCUAAGAUUAGUCACAUGAUCUCCCUGACCUUAACCCAUGUUGUUCUUCAUUCUGCAAUCCAUGGGAUUUUAGAUAUUCCACAUUCCUCUCCUUUAGUAGGGUUUCCAUUAAUUUCCCCACAAUUGAUGUCAGACUUACUUACCUAUAGUCGCCUGAUUCCUCUCUACUACCUUGUGAAUGGGGACAUCUGGUAAUUUCUAAUCUUCUAGGACGACUCCUGUUACCAGUGAUUGGUUAAAGGGGUACUCUGCCCCUAAACAUCUAAUCCCCUACCCAAAGGCAAUCACGAGACCCCACACUGACUGGUGAUCACGAGAUCCCAAGCUUUCACCUUCAGUUAUAUCAAAUACCAAAUCCCCAUUUGUGAAUACUGAAUCUAAUAUGGCCUCCUUCCGGGUCGGCUCCUCAACCACUUGUUGUAAAGAUAAUCCCAGUAGGGAAUCUAGAAUCUCUGCUCUCUGGGCAGAACUAAAUAUUUUGGUCUUCCAGUUCACAUCAGGAAGAUUGAAGGGGUACUCCGGAACGCUUGGAG